CUUCCCUCACUUCGCUUCCACAGUAUGGCCGGCGACAUUAGCUAGCGCUCGCUCAAUGCUUUUCUCUGUAACGGGAACACACGGAAUACAAGGAACCGAACCGCACCGCAUCGCCUGCACGCUUGCCUACUCCGCACUUCUUGCCUUCCAUUUCCCUCCUUCCCCUACCCCAAAGGAUCUUACCAACCCGCCACCCUUUUCUGCAACCGCUCACUGAAAUAUUUUAUAUAUGAGCGCGCCCGCACACACACACACACGUAUUUUAUCUUAUAACUUAAUAUAAGAUUACUGCCCCAUCCAAGGUAAAACCUGCUUGGGACGGGCUGGGACCCCACGAAGGCGCCGCGGCCCUGCCUAGAAGCAACAGUCCUAUCAGCUGUAGCUGGUGUAGGUGAGGAGGGCGGCGGCGACAGCAGCAGAUUUUGGUUGGGGGGGUGUCUGUCAUUUUAAUUUCUGUGGUUGGUUUUGCGGAGUUGUCUCACCAUGAUGGAGGAGAACGGUGCACACUUCUUCGAAGGGACUGAGAAGCUACUGGAGGUGUGGUUCGCCUGGCAACAGCCCUCGCCGCAGGAGCCGCACCAGAGUAAUGGCUCCGGCGACCUCCGCACCAUUCCCAGGUUUGAGUGGGACAAACUUCUGGAGAAUGUGCAUUGUUUGAUCAUAAGUGUGACAAAAACUGACAAGCAGGAAGCUUAUGUACUCAGUGAGAGUAGCAUGUUUGUCUCCAAGAGACGUUUCAUUUUGAAGACAUGUGGUACCACCCUCUUACUGCAGGCACUGGUUCCCCUGUUAGAGCUUGCUAGAGAGUACUGUGGGUUUGACUCCAUUCAGAGCUUCUUUUAUUCACGUAAAAAUUUCAUGAAGCCUUCCCACCAAGAGUACCCACAUAGGAAUUUCCAGGAAGAAGUAGAGUUCCUUAAUGAAAUAUUUCCAAAUGGAGCAGCAUACUGCAUGGGCCGUAUGAAUUCUGACUGCUGGUAUUUGUACACUCUGGAUUUCCCAGAGAGUCGAGUAAUCAAUCAGCCAGAUCAAACACUGGAAAUUCUGAUGAGCGAGCUUGAUCCAGCAGUUAUGGACCAGUUCUACAUGAAAGAUGGUGUUACUGCAAAUGAUGUCACUCGUGUGAGUGGAAUUCGUGACCUGAUACCAGGUUCUGUCAUUGAUGCUACAAUGUUCAAUCCUUGUGGGUAUUCAAUGAAUGGGAUGAAAACAGAUGGAACUUACUGGACUAUUCACAUCACUCCAGAACCAGAGUUCUCAUAUGUUAGUUUUGAAACAAACAUAAGUCAAACAUCCUACGAUGACCUAACUAGGAAGGUCAUUGACAUUUUUAAGCCAGGAAAAUUUGUGACAACUCUCUUUGUUAAUCAGAGCUCAAAAUGUCGCACCGUGUUUUCUUCAGCCCAGAAGAUUGAAGGUUUUAAGCGUCUUGAUCGCCAGAUUGCCCAGUUUAAUGACUACAACUUCGUUUUUACCAGUUUUGCCAAGAAUAAGCAGCAAAGUUGAUUAAGAGGAAUGAAGAAGAAAAAACGCAAAAAUAUACCCAAUAGAGGUGGUGGUGGUUGCUUUCUAGUAAAUGAUACAAGGGGCCAUAUUUUUCAUAUCCACCUCGUAGUUGCAGAAAGCCCUAGAUGUAAUCAUAGUAUAAUUUUCAAUUGUAUGCAUUAUUAUAACAGAGUUUUAGAUAUAUUGCAUGAACACUCUCUUCUGUGUUUAGAUAUUCUAUUUCACUUUUGCUGUGAAACUGAAGCGCAUGUAGAAACAUUUUACUGUAUGAGACUCUACAGCAUUUAUAAAAACAACUCAAAUAGGUUUACAUGCAACAUAGUUUUUCUCCAAGUAUCACCUAAAAUUCCCCACAGACAAGGAUUUCGUCCUCAUUAGAAUUUCCUCUAGAUUUACUUAACUAAAAGACUUCAUUGCCUAAACUUUUUUCAUUUGUGUGCUGUAACAAAUUUUAAAACAAUUAUUGAAUGUGUCGUUUCUAAUUGGCACAUUUUGCAACAACUGAAUGACAGAUUAAACUCAAACUUUAAGAUGUUGAAACUGAUAGAACAUUUAAUGGGAUAUUUUCACUUAAAAAUAUUGAACAAUUUUUAUCACAUUGGAUCUGCAUAUAAUUCCACAAUGAAUUGAAGUGGCAAUUUGCUGUGGUUAGCACAUUACCUUUUCAUCUAUGGGUGAGUGUAUUUGCUGAUUUGUCAACAAGUUACUUUUGACAGUUGUGUAAUUUUUUGGCAAACCCAUUCUUGCUCCUUUGUUUAAAGGCAACCCAUAGCAAUUGGUGGCAGUCGUUGGACAUCUGUUUAAGUAUAUAAACAAAAUGUUGACAAUUAAGAACACAGUUGAUUCCAGGCUUUUCACAGAGAUCAGAUGCAGUUUUGACAUCUAGGAACUUAAUCAGUUAGGAGAUUGGUGCGCUUUAUGGUAAUUUUAACAGAGAAAUUUGGUAGAAACGGUGAAAUGUGAUUUCAAAUUACUGCACAAAAUAGCUGCCAUUUCUUACUGUGAAAUAUGCUGGCUCAAAUGUAAACUUUAUAUUAAUUCAAACAUGGGCCCUUCCACUCUGCAAUGUCCUGUGACAACAAUGCAUGUGAUGAUUAAGCUAAAUUUAGCAAUAUUGUGACUUCAUCUGUGUUUCUUCCUAAUUAAUAUACAGUUCUUUUUUACAUGGUGUAGAAGGCAUUGGGUGAUUUUGCUGCAGUAAGCAAAUAUGGGGAGCCUAAAUACAGUCAUGUGAAACAUUUAUAUGUAGUACAUUAGUAACAAAAUAGACAUGGAUAUUGCUUCAUGGAUAUUAAAUGCAAGUUCCUGAGAGAGUAUGUUCAGUCACCUCAAAUGCUGUGGGAUUUCAGCUGUUGAGACCAGCAAGUCUUAUAGAUGUGUCAUUCUAAUCCUUGGCUAUGUUUUUGAUUAUGAGUGUUUUGUUCCUUUUGUAUUUAUAAAGGAAACAUUUUUAGUGUUUCUAUGUUAUUAAACCUGCUUGCUUGGAAAUCAAGCAAUUGGAACAUUUUUUCAUACCAAAAUCAAUAAAUGUUGUUUCUGUGUAGCACCGAGCAGUUUAUGGUGCUUUUGCUUUUUAAGGGCCAAUUUUUCAAAUUUUUUAUAAAGAGUACUCCAAGUCAAUAGCGCUCUUUGACUUGAGAUCUGUUCAACUACAGAUUCCUUGAAGUAAUGCUGGAAAUGCAGAAUUUACACAUAAGCCUUGGAUAGAAAUAAAGCAGUUCAAUGGAUCUUCGUGAAUUAGUAGGCUGAACAAAAUGGGAGGGGGAUAUGUUUGGUGUUUAAAAUUAUCUCUGGUGUUAGACAUGGAACAUUAAAAUGUACAAAGAUGCAUCUGUACCAGAAAUCAUAAUGCUUAAAUAAAAGUUUGCUUUCUAAGCUGUUGCAAAUAGUAAAAAUGCUACUACCCUGACUUAGAUAAUUCUGCUUUGUAUUUAUAACAACAAAGCCUUGAUAUGAAUUAACAGAUGUUACCUGUAUUUUCUCAGUAGUCCCUAUGUGCUAUUGAAUGCCAGGGUGAUUCAAGAAGAUUAAAUCUACUGGAAAUGUUACUCUUGUUAAUCAAACUAGAACUCUGUUUCUAUUCAAUGAAAAAGCAUGAUGAUUAAGAAUGAAAGCUGAUAUUAAAGAUCUUUAAAAGUA